AUGUUCAUCGACAUACCCAAGGAGAGGCAGGACCUUUGGAAGAAGUUCCACCCGGACAACUACCCCGUCUGGUCUUAUCGAAGCGGUGAUGGGGACAAGCGUGUUUCGACUCCUCGCACGAAGUAUACUAAGAAGCCGAUCAACACUGUACCGCUCCAUGGACUUCCUGGCAUGAAAAAGGUUAUCACGGCGGCAUUUCCAGAGCUGAAGGAAUUUGGAUUCACUGACAGCAGACAUGUUGAGAACCAACUGAAACGCGUCCCGGAUCAGUUUACAUCAUUGUGGAAGUGGCGCGUUGCCGAGCUCGAGAAACCCAAUAAUGGCCUCUCGGAGGGAGAGUCGGGUCCUAGGGAGAUGUCGCGUGUGGAAAUGGCUCGUCCUCGAGACUUCAAGAUGACUGAGGCAGGUUCUCCUUCUUCUCAUAAACUAAAGGGAAACCCGAAGUAUCUUUGA